GCUGCCAGACCCCACCCCUUCCCCAACCGUGCACUAAAGCUACGUGUACUAUCCCCAGGCUCACAGCAAUAGACGCCUGCAACCUCCCUGCAUCUCCCUGAGCUGCACCUGACCUACUGGACCCUGACAGCCGAUAAUUCCAUCCGGAAACAGCAGAAAGACAGAGAGAGCAGAAUUUUAAUGCAUAGAGCCGGCAGAAAAAUUCUAAGAAAGGCUUCAAUCAAUUUUGCCCCUGCUUCUACAGCAAUAUGAAGACAAAGGCAAGAGCAACAAGAAGAAGGCUGGAGAUUGACCUGGAAGAUGACGAUGAAAGUGUGACACAGGAGACGUCAAGUGAGGAUGAUAAUGAUAAGUGUUUUGUGUAUAAAGAGAGGAGUAAAGGGAAGAGUCCGGAGUCCGGGAAGAGCACAAGGAAAAGAAGGCAGAUGUCACAAGGGAAGGAACAUAGCACCCGGAGACUGGAGAGCAAUGAACGGGAAAGACAAAGGAUGCAUAAACUAAACAACGCAUUUCAGGCACUCAGAGAGGUCAUUCCACACGUCAGAGCAGAAAAGAAACUCUCCAAAAUUGAGACUCUAACUUUAGCUAAAAAUUAUAUCAACACAUUAACUUCUACCAUACUAAACAUGUCCAGCAGAGGCUUACCCGCUGGCCAGGACGCUGGCUCUGAUGGCAGUGGCAGUAAGUUUUACCAGCAUUACCAGCAACAACACGGAGAAGAGGACAAUGAUGAACACUUAAAAAAAUACUCUACACAAAUCCACAGCUUUAGGCAGGGCAGUUGAUAUAUCCGGUAUACUUUUUCUACUUUGAUACUAGGUACAUUCUCAGAAAUACUAUAGAUUUAAAAAUAUAUUUUGCUACUACAAUGUACAAUUUAUAUGGAAUUACUGUUUGUCCACUCAUCUGCACUUUACACCGCCGUUCAAGAAAUCAGUUCAGAUUUUCAUUCCAGAUAGUUGAAUUUAAAUAUGAUUUUUGGAUAUUAACAUUACAUGGAUGUAUAUCUUGGUAUCGUGGCAGGUAAAAUGUAAUAUAAUUUUUUAGACUUUUAAGGAUAGGGUGGUUGGUGAUUUUAUUUUUAUUUGAUAUAAAUGUAAAAACUGAUAUAUACAAUAGUAAAUAUAUAAAUUAGCAGUAGAGGUAUCUUUUCAAAAUAGAUGUAGCAUCUGAUUUGCAAAUGAAACCAGUUUCAUAUUUUUGUUUU